ACUAAAGAUGGCUUUCACAACCUUCAAUUAAUUUAACUCGCUGAUUAUCCCAUUCGAAUUGACCAAUCGCAUUUUUUGUUGAGCAGAAUUGGCUAGAAAUGACCAAUGGCAUAAUCAGCAAGUUAAUUUAAUCGGAGGUUAUGAAACUGGUUCUUGAACCGUCAGUUAUCUGAAAUCCUAAAAAUGGCUUAGGAGCCACUUGAUUGACUGAAAAGCCACAUUUAAGGCACUUUUAUUGAUAAAAAAGUAUUCAAAAUACACAUUAAAGUAUGUAUAUAUUUAGAUAUAGCUAUUAAUACGUGAAAGAUUUGAAGCUUGUCACUUCUCAAAUUUUAAACGUAUAAUAAAUUUAUAGUAACAUUUGAUAACAUUCGUAAAAAAAUAUUGCUUCGUGAAAAAACUCUUGGAUGUUAGGUAAGCGGAUCAAGCAAUAUGUGUUGUGGCAUGUGUGACCACUUAUUUCGCGUGAUUGUAUACAAUAGUCUGCAUAUCAAUACCUUCUGGCCGGUAUUUAUAGUUGGAUUUUAUAUUUAAGACCGUCUUAAGUUUAUUUUCAGAUGCUUCGUGGCCAAUAAAAUGAGUCGUAAAGCAUCUGAAGAUAAACUUAAAUAUUAGAUCAAAUUACGAAUACCGGCCUCUAGUUGCAUCGCAAGUUUUUUUACUUUUAUCGUGAGUGCAGAGUGACAUUUUUGACAUGUCAUGCUUAUCAUGCAUUUCGGACUUAGAAAGAGUGAUUCUACAUCCGACAUCUAGCCAAGGCGAGAUUUUUCAAAGUAACACUUUUGUUGCGAUACAAAAGAGAGAUUAUCCAUCUGGUAAUUUGAUAAACUCAAGUAGUUCUUAUGAAACUGCAAAGAGGAACGUUAUAAUUGGUACUACAACGUCGAAAACAGAAAUGGAGCAAAGAGAAAAUAAUACAAAUAGUUUGGAUAUAAAACAAGUAGCCAGUGUGUCAAAGAUGAUGGAUGCUAAGCAUAUUCUUCACAGUGCCAUUUUUCAUCCUGUCCUUCGAGAGUGGCAAUCCAAAAAUUCAACCAACUUUGACUCUUAUAAUCUUAUGUUACCUAUAUUUGUGACCGACGAAGAAGUUAUGGAAUAUAUUUCAAGUAUGCCUGGGAUGUUUCGCAUGGGAGUUAAGUGGGUAAAAUCUGUUGUGGCUCCUCUUGUUAGGAAAGGAUUAAAGUCUAUUUUAUUAUUUGGUGUGAUAAAGACUCUACCCAAGGACGCACGUGGUACUCAUGCUGACAGUGAACAGAAUCCCGUUAUCCGAGCGUUGCCGAUACUUAAAUCUGCUUUUCCCGAUUUGAUAAUAGCGUGUGAUGUUUGCUUGUGCCCAUAUACAAGUCUCGGACACUGCGGUAUUAUCGGGACGGAUGAUCUUAUAGACAACACAGCGAGUAUUAAACGACUCGCAGAAGUUGCUCUUGCAUAUGCCAAGGCUGGCGCGCAUAUCGUUGCGCCGUCCGAUAUGAUGGAUGGCAGAGUGGCUGCGAUAAAACAGUCUCUAAUAAUAAACGGGUUUUCACAUAAGGUAGCGGUCUUGUCUUACUCCGCAAAGUUCGCGUCGACACUUUACGGGCCCUUCCGGGAGGCAUCGGGCAGUGCUCCGGCAAAGGGCGACCGCCGAUGUUACCAGUUACCCUCUGGUAGCGCUGGAUUGGCAGUCAGAGCAGCCGCAAGAGAUGUAAACGAAGGAGCGGACAUGCUAAUGGUGAAGCCAGGGCUGCCUUACUUGGAUAUAGUCAAACGUAUAAAGGAUGCCCAUCCUGAAUAUCCUUUAUUUGUGUACCAAGUCUCAGGAGAAUACGCCAUGUUGCAUCAUGCUGCGAAUAAUAAUGUGUUCGAAUUAAUGAACGGAGUAGUCGAAUCAAUAACCGCCAUGAGGAGAGCCGGUGCUGACUGCAUCAUAACGUACUUUACUCCUUUACUUUUAAAUGCAUGGUACAGAAAAUCCAAAUAUUAGAAUUCAAUUGUUGGAACUUCGUGAGGCUAAGGAUUUCUGCACAGGACCGUCUACGACGAGAUAUUACAUCACAUUGUGUAAAUUUACGCAGCAGUCUUAAUAUAUACGUACAUAAAGGAUGUUAUAAAUGUAUAUAUAUAAAAGACAUAUAUACAUUUUUAAUUAACUAUUUA